AGGAGGGAGGAGGAGAGGGAGGGAGGAGGGAGGGAGGGAGAGAGGGAGAGAGGAGAGAGAGAGAGAGAGAGAGAGAGAGAGAGAGAGAGAGAGAGAGAGAGAGAGAGAGAAGAUAAGAGAGAGAGAGAGAGAGAGAGAGAGAGAGAGAGAGAGAGAGAGAGAGAGAGAGAGAGAGAGAGAGAGAGAGAGAGAGAGAGAGAGAGAGAGAGAGAG